AAACUUAAAUAUCCCAGGUCUCGCCGGCGGGGUUUGGUCUCUAGCGCAAAUGGCGCCGGCCGACCGCCGCCGGAGCCGCUCUCCUCCGUCCAACCGCCGGCGGAGCAGCUCCCCUCCGGCCACCGCCACCUCCCCCUACUUUCCCCCGGAGCUGAUCCCCGAGGUCGCCAAGCGACUGACGAGCCUCCAGGAUUUCUUCGCCCUCCGUGCCGCCUGCCGAGCCUACCGCGCCGCCCUCCCGCUGACCGCGUCCAACCUCGCCUCCCAGGCGCCGCUCCUCCUCCUCGUUCCCCACCGGAUCUCCAAACCAGCUGCCCUAUUCCACAUCUCCCAUCGCCGCCUCCUCCGCUUCCGCCUCCCUCGUACGCGCCCAGACAACCGCAGCGGCUUCUUCCCCCUCGGCUGCCGCGUCGCCAUCUCCGACAGCUCGAGGGAUUCCAGCUGUCGGGAGCUCCGCAUCGUCCACCUCCUCACCGGAGAGCAAACCCGCCUCCCCAGACCCAAGGACGCCUUCUCCCGCAUCCUCCUCUCCGGGGACCUCGUUGUCACCUGGAGAUUCUUAGGCCGCACGGUUCAGUACUGCCGCCACGAGGCCGCUGGCUGGCGUGUGGCGUCAAUCAGCGAGCCCUAUCUCCUUGAGGGGAUGGCCAGUGUAAGGGGCACCCUCUACGCGGUGGUUACCCCAGGUUCCCCGUUAAGAAUCCCAGUUUACCGUCUUGCUCGUGUUGAGCUAUCGGAUCACAGGAAUUUGGCGGAAUUGGUGUUUAUCGGAGGAGCAUUGGAUGCACGGAUUCUGCAUCUGCCUGAUGAAACAGAGUUGUACUUGUACCCUGCAGAGUGCCGCGGUGAGCUGAUAAUAGUUAUUGCCGUGGAAUUUGAUCCAAGGGUGUACCAUGUUUUCCAGUGGAAGUCUGGGGAGGCUAAGUGGGUGAGGAUUACUAGCCUUGGUGGCUGCACGCUGUUUUUUGCAAAUCGUAAUUUUGCGGGGUGCCUUGGACCUGAUCAUCCAGGGAUUCGAAAGGACUGCAUGUACUUUAACGAUGAAGGUUUAUGGCGUGAGUAUUCUUUGGUUGAUGGAUCUUUUCCUCUAUCUGAUGUGGUCUACCCUGGAGAGACAUUAGAUAAGGAUUUCACGCCAGCUGGUUGGAUAUUUCCGAGCAUGUGUUGACGCCCUCCUGUGAGCUGAGAGGUGCAGGGAAGUUAUUGUCCAAAGGUACAUGAUGCUUUUGGUGCUCUACCAUGCCUUCAUCAGCUAGUCGCAUUCAACGUUUUGUAAUGGCAAUUGCAACAGCAUGUUGAUGGCCUUCAAUGUGAAUGUAGGCGUGUAGCCCUGUUACAUAUUGAACCGAAAAGCAUGUUCAACCUGAAUGUAUUGGCCAAUGAUGACAACAUGAAACUUUACCAUGGUAAGUAGUUUAAGCACCUAUGUAAGUGAAGACCCUUUGGAAGCAGAUGUGUUUGAAUGUAGAUGUUGAGUAGUUUUCUUGUAGCACAUAUGAAGAAGAACUGCUCUGUAAUAAUGUGCUUAAUCUGCAAAAGGUAUACAGAUUAGUGCAAUGCUGCAUUUCAUGUAACGGGUUUAUAUGGCCCUGGGAUAUGGGUGUCUCGAUCGGGAAAGAAUCAAUAGAAGGAGAGGGUGAUAUCUUUUUCGAAACAAAUAAAAAGGAAAAGAAAGAGAAAACAGAAAUCAUGAUCAACUAAGCCCUCUCGGGGGCUUGCUUAAGAAU